UUUCAGAAUGAAGUCAGCAUGGGAAGUGCAAAGAGGAAAUAACGAGCCUGAUGAUUUCUGAUGGCCAUUGUAUAUCCUUGUAAUCUGAUGGUGGUCGCUACACACAAUUAUUUGCCAAUCGUAUCCGAAGUUGACGAUGAUUCUCCAUCCAGCAAUGUGACAACAAAUAUAUUUGUUCAUUUUGCUGAUGAAGACGAUAAAGCAAUGUGCAGCAAAGAUUUGCCUAUGGGCAGACAGAUCAAAAAAUCUUCGAUUUCGCAGAUGGUAAUGGUACAAAUGUUAAAAAAUGGUAUGCAACCAGUGCAGAAGAGUGCCGCUGAUUUCUUUUUUUUGCAAAUACUGGGCGAGGGUUGCUUUUCUACGGUGUAUCGUGCUCGUGAAGUAUCCAGUGGAAAGGAAUUUGCUCUGAAAGUGCUCAACAAAGAUUUAAUUCGACGACAUGAUAAAGUAGUAUCGGUUAUGCGUGAGAAAGACAUAAUGACUUCGUUGACUUAUUUGCACGGUGGACAUCCAUAUUUUGUGUCCUUGUAUUGUACUUUCCAAGAUCACACUCGUCUUUACUUUGCUAUGACUUAUGCAAAAAAUGGUGAUUUAUUGGCAUAUUUGCAUCGCCUUGGUUCCUUUGAUGGAAGCGUGACCUUAUUUUAUUCGGCUGAACUUGUUUGCGCAAUCGACGUCCUCCAUAAAUGUGGCAUCAUUCACAGGGAUUUGAAACCAGAAAAUAUUUUGCUUGGAGAAAAUUGGCACAUAAUGUUAUCUGAUUUCGGCACAGCUAAAUUUAUUGAUUCAGAAAAAGAUGAAACAGAUACGAAAAGUGCUCUUCAGGAAGAACACCACCGUAAUCGAUCAACAUUCGUUGGUACUGCCCAGUAUGUUUCACCAGAAGUACUGGUGGAUGGAGAAGUUGGCCCAUCAUGUGAUUACUGGGCUUUGGGUGCAAUAAUUUUUCAAAUGGUUUCUGGACUGCCACCCUUUCGAGCUAUUAAUGAUUACCAUACUUUCCAAAAAAUUCAGAAGCUGGACUACAGUUUUCCUGAUGGUUUCCCUGACCUUUCCAAAGAUCUCGUUCGAAAAUUUUUGGUAUUCGAUCCUAGUAAACGUCUUGGUUCUGAAGAAACAGGCGGCAGUGAGGCUGUUCGUUCGCAUCCAUAUUUUGCCACAGUGGACUGGGAUAAUUUGAUCACAAAAACGCCACCGCCUUUUAAGCCUUACUUACCCGCCAGUUGUGGAGAACCAGCCUUUCAUAGCGAUUACCAUUUUCCAGAUGAUAUAGAACCCGGUCUUGAUGAUGCAGCAGUAACCCGCUUGCUAGGACUUUCUCUAAAAGAUUUCUGUUCUUCGAGCCAAAAUAAAGGUAGUUCAGAAGCAGAAGAACCCGAAUCAGCUGGAUUGCGUGAAAAAAAGCUGAGUAUUCAGCGGAAAGAACACAAAUACCAUCGUUUUGUGGAGGGCAAUUUGAUUGUUAAAAGUGGUUUACUGGAUAAAAAGAAGGGAUUGUUCGCAAGAAGAAGGAUGUUUUUGCUGACAGAAGGGCCACAUAUAUUUUAUGUGGAUCCCAUAAGUAUGGAAUUAAAAGGCAAAAUACCGUUCUGCCGGAAGUUGCGAGUUGAAGCGAAGAAUUUUCGAACUUUCUUUGUGCAUACACCAAGCCGUACUUAUUAUUUAUUUGAUCCGGAGCGAAAUGCACUGGAAUGGUGUAAAGCAAUAGAAGCUUUGCGUGAACAGUAUCUGAAUGAAUUACCAGAAGAGCCGGAUUGCUUGGAUAUCAAAAAUACUAAGCGACGACGAUAAUGUUGCUUGUGUAAAGUGCUUCCCGACUACUUUAUACUACUUUUCUGGAAAAAGUAUUUUCAAAGUAGAUGUGGUUCGGAAUGAAUGGUUGACAAUACGUGAAAUCCAGGUAUAUGCAAAGAACUUGCACGAUUACCAGUUGUAAGGGACUAGCAUAUAUGUAUUCACGUAAUGUAGAUUUGAAUGAUCAAGUUACAGACUUUGCAGUUACACAUAGAAGAACGGCGAAAGAGACGUUCUGUAUCGAAUUGUGAUAAGUGUUCUUUACGUGUAUACUUCCAGUCUUCUUUACUAUUCUAUUAUCCAAUUGCCUGUAGAAUAUAACCGGAGAUUUUUGUUUUUGCAUCCCUUUUGUUCUUGUCUUUCAACAAAUACUUGUUAUUUGUACUAUAAGAUUCUUCUUGAUCUUAUCAGUGCUUCACUGAAGCACUGAUAUUUAUUAAUAUACUGAAUAGGAAGGGCUUGUUCCUGGCAUGUUUGUUUGUUUCGGU